UACAUGACACUUCUCAGUGAAUUCACACAUUUGCACAUGACCCCACAGUGGGGGGGGGGGGCACAGAAGUCCAGUCUAGCUUAGGACAGCAUUGCAAAUGUUUCCUGCCCCUGCUGCUGGGUCAAACGCUCUCUAGUCCCUUCUUCCCAGGCUCCUCUCCCAUCCAGGGAUGCUGUCCCUCACCCUGACUUUCUGGAUAUGCAGCCCUUGUGGUGGAGCAUCAGGAAGAAAAGGAGGCCCCAGGACAGCUUUCUCUAGAGUCCUGGGGCUCAUACACCCUAGGUCCUGCAGUGGCCACACACUGCAUUAGGCAUGUUCGAUUCUAACGGGUCAGAUCGGAGGGGCCCAGAUGCGCAGAGAUCCAUCUCAGUCACUGAGAGCAGGGCGGGAUAGGUCAGAGGGCCAUACCACCUGAGAACCUGCUGUAGCUGGGCUAGGCCGGUGGCCAUCAGAGGAGACAGUGGGGACCAGGAGGUGCUGCUGCUAUUCAGGUAAUGGGCACCUUCAGCAAGGGCUUCCUGUGUGCCAGGAACUGCAUCCCUCGGUAGGGAGUCCGCAUAGAACCCAGCAGGAGGGCAUCUGCCACCCGGGGAGGUAUUCACAAUGGUCUGCGUCGAGAACCUGAUGGGACAUUGGGACUUGGAGGGCAGGCAUCUGCCACAUCAAAACCAGGCAGGUGGUGGGAUUUGAACGCAUGCCUGAGAAUGGCAGAGUUGAAUCACAGAGACCAAGUCUGGAGUGUGUCUGGGUUGUGUGUUCUCAGUCUCCCCUUUCUCGGGGCUCACUUUUCACAGCCCCCCUGAACUUUCCAGGCCCGGCUCACCUCUGGCUCCUAGCAGCCCCUGUGGACAGAAGUACCCCAUCCUCAAGCCUCUGCAUUGGCUUGAGCUCCUUGGGGAGACCUCCUGUCCCAAAUGGGAGAUGCCUCUUUCAUACUCCCCACCCCUAUGCUAAUGGCCCUGUCUCUGUUGUCAUUGUCGUCACAGUCCCCUUUCUGGGCCUCUUUCUUCAAGGGCAGGGCUGGGUCUACAGGGCCUGGCCCAGAGUAAAUGCAGGACCCAGCCCAGCUGGGGGUCAAAGUAGUGCCCAGGGAGGGGCCGGGCUCUGUUGAUCUCUUAUCUCCCAGGCUCCCUUGGCCUUAUCUGAUGGGGCUCAGCAGGCAGCAGAUGAGGCUGACAAGGCCCCAGGGUUACUGAGUAACCCCCGGGCUCUUUAAAAGUCUCCCUGUUUACCCUGGCGCCCAGCAUGGGCCAGUUCUCUGCACUGCACACUGCUGCCAUGAACGCCUGUUUGCUCUCUCUGUUGUGCCUCCUGGGUGCCUUGGCUGUCCUGGCAGAGGGGGUCACUGUGCAGGAUGGGGACCUCUCCUUUCCUCUGGAGUCAGUCAAACAGCUUAAGGACCUCCAAGAGGAACUAAAGCCCCGGCUGGUGAGUCACAGAAGGGUUGCCGCCAGGCUUGCUCAGCCUGUGACACCAUCGCUCUGCAGCCACCCCGCCUUUCCAGAAGCUCUGAAGCCCCUCUGCCAGAAACCCAACGCUGAGGCGAUCCUGCGGAGGCUGAAGGCCAUUGCUCAGGACCCAAACACAUGUGAGAUCUGUGCCUACGCUGCCUGCACCGGAUGCUAGGAUGACUUGUCUGCUCGGCCAGCGAGGAAGCCCCUGCUACCUUCUAGAAGCAAGGGCCUGACAAACUCCCAGCCCCAGCAUCUCAACCUACCCUGCCCACGCAGGGAGGAGGCUGAGGAGACAACUACCUGGGGAGUCCUACCUGGGGGCUGUGCUAACCCUCGGCCAAUAAACCAGACUCAGGUA